ACCAAGAAGCUGGUCUGCUGGUGAUGGCACCUGAAUUAUCAUUAGUGUAUGUUCAUUCAUCUGUGCUCAGGUACAUAUUAUGCUUUGCCUUGAAGCGCAGAAGUAGGUAAAAAAAAUCCUAGUUUUUUUUUUUGAACGGAAAAAAUAUCCUAGUUAGAGCGAUAGGCUGAUUGUCAGGGCAUACACUACUUGGUUCUUGACUCUUUUUUUUUUCUUUGAUGAAUCCUAGUUUUGCUUUUAUUUUUAAGCCAAAAUUUCACAUCUGUAACGGCUCCAUGUUCUAAGCUGCAACAGAUGAGUCUCCACAUUUGUAACUGUGGGUUGUAACGACUGCUCUAACCAUUAUAGAUGUAGGGUUCUGUGCUAGUGUUCACUUGCAAUACAAUUGCAAUUGCAUUCCUGAAAUCAUAUUUUCUUUUUAGAGAAUGAAAUGAAAUUCAUUUCAGCUUUUGUUUUAAGGAAACUACAACCAAUUAUUGAAGAGGUUGCAGGUUGAAGGACUCCGAAUUCCCGUAAUCAGCUAAAAUUCAAAAAAUAUGGGCAUCCAAAUCAGUCAUAGGAUUAUUUGAACCAGGUGGGUAAUUGGAAUGUUCCUUUAUUGUUCUUCUAUCCUCAUGCUUUUUCCCGAAUGUGGACUAGGCAGAAUAACACAGUAUCUAACCUAACCGAUUUGAUACUGAUCUACUGUCCAUGGAGAAGGAAUGUAAGGCAUAGGUGCACUUACUUUUGAUGGUUCUGAAUUUUCGUCCAGUCCAGGCAUAAGUACUAUUUUUGCUGGUCAUAGUUGGUCAAUACCUGGAAUAGGUUUGGAAAUUUCAGGUUUUCAAAUAAUAAUUAGAUUAUCAAGUAGCUUUGCAGACGAUUUCCGGUCAUAUAAACAACUUGUUAAAUUUUAUUUAUCAGUUAAAAAACAAAUAUGGGUUUGAAUUCACGAAAGCAAUACAAACUUCUCACCCAUUCCCAAACGGUCAGAUUAGGUUGUCCAACAAACUCUAAUUCUGUCCACUGAUUUUUUUUUUCAGUUUAUGUCUCAGUCUAAUGUUUUAUCAGCAGCUGACAUCCUUGAUGUAAUCCUCUCUAUUUGAAACAGAGUUGCACCUCCACUUCCUAUUUUCUAAAUGAAAAAUCUUUCUAUGAUUGGUCAAGUGCUGUUGCUAUUUCUCUGCUGAUAAACAUCAGUGAUGAAUCUUGAUACUGACUCUUAUUUAUUUUUUUCAAGAAACAUCCAGAAAAUAAAUAUAUGUGCCCUGCUUCUCACUGUUCCAUUAUCAUCCUAGAAUAAUCAUACCCUCUCUCUUUCUCCAAAUGAUGGUCACUUUGAUAAAAAAAACAGGCCCCAUAUUUAACACAUGCUUAACCUAUAGCAACCUGAUUGAUUUACAAGUUUUUUUUCGGUCAAUUUGUACGAAAUACACGUUACCAAGGAGCAUAUCCUGUUACAAUCAUCUGACUCUCUGUGAUUGAAACCUUGUCUCUGAAAUGCUUGAGGGCACAGCAAUAAGUAUUGAACAAAUGUGUGAUUCAUGGAUACAUACGGUGUACUGAAAGUGACACCAAGCAAGAAUUAGUAUCAUGGGCUCCAAAGACACCUGUGCUCAUUCUGUUGGUUCUCUACACAUGUUUUAGAAUAAAUAAAUAAAAUUAGGCCAUAUUUGCACUGAAAUGUCUGCCAUAGGGAGGUGAUGCCAAGAUGUCCAUUUCAUUCAGACAGGAGUGCUAGAUGAUUUCCCAAGUAGCCCCUACCACAUUUUAUUGCCCUCUUUAUUAAGCCCUCUAGCUAGCUAUAACACCUUACACACACCAAGAUUAAUUAUCUAUCCACAGGGACAGAGAAGAAGAAGAAGAAGAAGAAGACUAUCAUCUUGAGCUUAUUCUUCCAUUUGCUCCAUCUUGAAAUCAUCAGUAACCAUGGCUAGGAAGUGCUCUAGCUGUGGGAACAAUGGCCACAACUCCAGGACUUGCAGUGGCCAAAGAGUUCUUGAUCACAGCAUCAGCAGCAGCAACAGUGGUAGUACUACUGCUGCUGCUGCUACUGCCUGUGGUGGCUUGAGGUUGUUUGGGGUGCAGCUGCAGGUAGGAGGAGGCUCAUCUCCUCUGAAGAAGUGCCUCAGCAUGGAGUGCUUGGCAUCACCAGCAUACUAUGGAGCUUCUGCCUCGCCGUCGGUUUCGUCGUCGUCAUCUUCGCUUGUUUCGAUUGAGGAGAACACUGAGAGGGUCUCCAAUGGGUACCUCUCUGAUGGGCUCAUGGGAAGGGUUCAGGAGAGGAAGAAAGGAGUUCCAUGGACUGAGGAAGAACACCAGAUGUUCCUCGCCGGCCUUGACAAGCUCGGAAAAGGCGACUGGCGGGGCAUUUCUCGGCACUUCGUCACUACCCGGACUCCAACGCAGGUCGCCAGCCAUGCCCAGAAGUACUUCCUGAGGCAGAACAGUAUGACACAGAAGAAGAGGAGGUCCAGCCUCUUUGAUGUGGUUGAAGGUAUCAAGAGGGCAGCAGCAAUGCCCAUUUCAGGAUCUGCAUCUGAACUGCAGAUCCCCGGCAUGUCGAUCGGUGUCGGCGUGGUGAAGGAGGAGGUUGUCCUGCCUCCAUGUCUGAACCUGAUGAGUAACAGUUCAUCAGCAUCACAGCACUCACCUUCCCUGACAUUGCUGGCAAAUCCUCAGGUGCAGCUCCAGAUGCCUGACCUGGAGCUAAAGAUGUCCACAUCCCGGUUAUCUGACCAAUCCGGUCCGUCGCCGAGCACGCCUUUCUUCGGGACCAUCAGAGUUACCUGAUCUUCAUCUUCAGUGCUCCUCAUAAAAGUGGAGGAGUUCAGAAAAGGGUGUUUUGGAGAUCAUGUACCUCAAUCAGAAAGUUAGGUGUUACUGUAAUGUUAGAAUGACAAUCAGUGAUCAGCCCAUGCACAAAAUAAGAUAAGAAAAGCAAAGAAGAAAUGGUUUUUAUCAUAUCAUACCAUACUUUUGCAAUCACCUUAUAGCUUUAUGUUGACACAAAGGCAUGGCAAGGGUGGUUGCUGGUUUGGAUUUUCAGAGCCUGGAGAAGGUGAAAGAUGAGCUCACAAUAUUCAGUUUGCAGUGGGCAAUGACAAGGACAGGCAAAAACCUCAGCUACCAAAAAUUUCUUCUUUCCUUUUAUUCACUGCAUACACACACAUGAUCAUCUCCUUGUACAGCACAUGAGGUUAAUUAGCUAUGCAUGCAUGCAUGGAACCAAUUACAAAAAUGUCUAAAUUAAUUGGUUUUUCUAGUACAAGUUAAUUUCUUUUCUCUUUUUCUGAAAGUGAGGUUCUUGUACAGGUUGUGAUCGAUGUUUACCUGUCGUUUGGUGUGCUGCCAAUAAAGAUCUAUUAAUCAUUAA